AUGGCCGCUGGUCGGGCAGCAAGUCGAGUUGCGUCAACAGGUUUUUCGAUAGCAAGCAGCGUCUCCAGAUCGACGAGAACGUCUGUUCUUCCCACUUUCACGAGGUCACAAGGCGGAGGUGGAACUCGUAAUCGCUCAGCGAGAAGGAUAUUGGAUCAUGUCUCAGGAGCAUCUGAUCUACUUGCUGACGGUUUUAGUCGACUGAACCCCCCCGAUGAACUAGUUGAAGAUGAUAGUGUUUUCUCCGACGCUCUUUCAGUGGGUUUGAGCAGCGCUCAAUCUUUUUUUGCUGCGUCGCCUUUACCUAAAAAAGCGCUUCGUAAUGCGUCAUCCGUUGUCAGUGCAUUGAAGUUGGCCCGGAAUGUAAUGGCUUCAGCUCUCUCAUCUACUCGUCCACCUUCAACAAUCCCAAGGACAAUCUCAAACACAGGAGUGUCAAGCAGCAAACCUGCAUCAGCAUUCCGCGUUUCAAUCAUGAAAGAUCCAUGGGGUCAAAACAUGAGUCAAUUCACACCUACGGACUACCACUUUCAAAGCAACCCGAGUCAUGGUCCGUCAAGCGCGGUAUCGUCUUCGAUCUUUACCGCAUUUGCGGAUCCGCCACAGUCUCCGAAUGGAGACCUUAGUGAUGAGAGAACUUCCACAGGAGGACGUUACACCGGUGCGGACACUGGUUAUUCGGGACCUAUCCCAAGUAUUCACAUCAAUGGGAGUUCGUUUCCCACAAGUGAAGAGGGUGAGGAGCUUCCACCUUCUUGUCUCACAACCGGAGAACAUUCCCUUACCCUCAACGUCUCCUAUAACGACACCCUUCCACCCGAAGCUUGGAGUUGCGCUCUAUGCGGUCGUCUACCGGAUUGGACAAGAUCGGAUUUGCGGGAGCUUGACCAAGUACGGCGGACGCACUGGGUCUCAGCACAAUCGUAUUAUUCCACCAAUGGAUACUUUCUAGGCAUCAACGUUUCUGUUUGGGUUGGUGACGAUCAAGAAAUCGGUCCGCAAUAUACGAAAUCCAAUUUCGAGGAUGCGUAUCCUACCGAGAUAGAGGCAGAUAACGAUGCGACGUUAUACGAGUGA